GCCUGAGUGCGCUUCAACUCCGCCUUUUCCGGAAACGCUCGUUGCGCGCUGACGUCAAUGAGGAAGGCGUUGCGGUCCGCGCAAGCUACAGAACGAGUGAAGGGAAUCAAGAUGGCGGACCUCGAAGAUGUUACGCUGGACGGGAGGCCGCUGCAUUCGCUCCGGGUAGCGGACUUGAAGGCUGCAUUGGAAGAGCGAGGGCUUCCGAAGAGCGGACAGAAAAAUGCCCUCGUCAAGAGACUCAAAGGGGCUCUCAUGCUGGAGAACCUUCAGAAAACCUCCACUCCACACAUUGGCCUGCAGCCCAACUCCCGGAUCGGGGAGGAAAUGAGUCAGAAUAGCUUCAUUAAGCAGUACCUGGCCAAACAGCAAGAGCUUCUGAGACAGCGUUUGGAAAAAGAGGCACGAGAGGCAGCUGAAACUGAUGGAACAGACCGUGGCGACCACACAGAGUCCAAUGAUAAUAUCCAUGCUGCCUCGAACCAGGAUGUUGCUUCUUCCUUAGUCGAUCAGAACCAGGGAAGUGCAGCAGUUGCUGGAGGAUUUGGGGUCACAGAGAGCGAAAGUGAAAAAGAAAUGCCUGGACAACCGUCCCUUUCUACAGCUGCCCAUUCCCGUCCAAGAGCUUCAUCUGUGCGGCUUCGUGGUAAAGGAGAGCCGACUUCAAGUCAUGUACCAGCAGAAAGUGAUGAUGACAGUGAAGCUGGGGAUGAUGAGGAGGAGGAGGAGGAGUGGAACGCCAGACCUCAACGGAGUCGUCGAGCACAGCCGCCAAAAAGUCAACCGGUGAGGACAAGAUCCAGUGGCUCGCAGCAACAGCAGCAGCCACCCCCCCAACACAUACCUUUACUGUCACAGCAGCUCAGACAUCCAACUCCUCCCCCAUCCCCUCCUCCUGAACUUUCUUUCCCACUCCCAGACACCCCUAAACAGAGUCCUCCUAGUCCUGGAGAGUCCCCGUCUAGACAGCGCAUAUCUAGCUCUUCGAGUUCUGGUAGUUCCAGUAGUGACAGUCGUAGCAGUAGUCCUGAACCAGCAAGUGACACCACAGAACGCAGACCAGGUCCGUUAACCUUACUGGCACGCAAGAUGGCAUCUGAGAGGGCUUGUUCUGGAGCAGGAAAGCGUGAUAGGGAAGGAGUGGAUUUACAAAGAAGCCACCAAGAGGGAGUUGUAUCCGCAAUUACACACACAGCUAAUGCAUCGUCAGUUCUCUCACACCCUAGUUCAGUCAUCUCCAACCAAGGUGUUAGUGUCGUUAGAGCCGCUGUGAUGGAAGCAAGCGAUGGCAUAAAGCAGGAUGAAGGUGUUUUAUGGGAGCAAGAACAAGAGAGGCUGAAAGCCCUAGAGAAAGAGGAGGAGGAAAGGGAGAAGGCAUUGGAAAAGGAGCGAGCACAAGCUUUGGAACGGAAAAGACUUGAAGCUGCUUCGAAACGUGAGAAGGAGAGGGCUUUACAGCGAGAAAGGGAAGAGAAGGAGAGACUGGAGAGGGAACAAGCUUUAGAAAGAGAGAGAGCAUUAGAGCAAGAACGACUCGAACGAGAGAGGCAAGAAAAAGAGAGGGUGGAGAAGGAAAGACAAGAAAAAGAGCAAGCUUUAGAGAGGGAGAGACUCAAGCAGGAAAGACUUGAGAAAGAAAGACAAGAACGAGAAGAAGCUCUAGAGAGGGAGAGAUUAGAAAGAGAACGGCUUGAAAAGGAAAGACAAGAACGAGAAGAAGCUCUAGAAAAGGAGAGAUUGGAGAGAGAGUGGCUUGAGAAGGAAAGAAGAGAAAAAGAAGCUGCUCUAGAGAGGGAGAGAUUGGAGAAAGAACGUCUUGAGAAGGAAAAAAAAGAAAAAGAAGCUGCUCUAGAAAGGGAGAGAUUGGAAAAAGAGCGUAUUGAGAAGGAAAAAAGAGAAAAAGAAGAAGCUCUAGAGAGGGAGAGAUUGGAGAAAGAGCGUCUUGAGAAGGAAAAAAGAGAAAAAGAGGAAGCUCAAGAGAGGGAGAGAUUGAAGAAAGAGCGUCUUGAGAAAGAAAAAAAAGAAGCUCUUGAGAAAGAGCGCCUUGAGAAGGAAAGACAAGAAAAAGAAGCUGUAGAGAGGGAGAGAUUGGAGAAAGAGCGUCUUGAGAAGGAAAAAAGAGAAAAAGAAGCUGCUCUAGAAAGGGAGAGAUUGGAAAAAGAGCGUAUUGAGAAGGAAAAAAGAGAAAAAGAAGAAGCUCUAGAGAGGGAGAGAUUGGAGAAAGAGCGUCUUGAGAAGGAAAAAAGAGAAAAAGAAGAAGCUCUAGAGAGGGAAAGAUUGAAGAAAGAGCGUCUGGAGAAGGAAAAAAGAGAAAAAGAAGAAGCUCUAGAGAGGGAGAGAUUGGAGAAAGAGCGUCUUGAGAAGGAAAGACAAGAAAAAGAAGUUCUAGAAAGGGAGAGAUUGGAGAAGGAGCGCCUUGAGAAGGAAAGAAAAGAACAAGAAGAAGCUCUAGAGAGGGAGAGAUUGGAAAAAGAGAAGCUUGAGAAGGAAAAACAAGAACAAGCUCUAGAAAGGGAAAGACUGGAGAAAGAGCGUCUUGAGAAAGAAAGAAAAGAACAAGAAAAAGCUCUAGAGCGAGAGAGAUUGGAAAAGGAAAAGCUUGAGAAGGAAAAACAAGAACAAGCUCUAGAAAGGGAAAGACUGGAGAAAGAGCGUCUCGAAAAGGAAAGAAAAGAGCAAGAAACUCUAGAGAGAGAGAAAUUGGAAAAGCUUGAGAAGGAAAAACAAGAACGAGAACAAGCCCUAGAAAGGGAAAGAUUGGAGAAAGAGCAUAUUGAAAAGGAAAAAAGAGAAAAAGAAGCUCUAGAAAGGGAGAGAUUGGAGAAAGAGCGUCUUGAGAAGGAAAGAAAUGAACGAGAACAAGCCAUAGAAAGAGAAAGGCAGGAGAAAGAGGAGCGAGAAAGAGAGGAAACUUUAGAAAAGGAGCGAAAAGAACAGGAAAGGCUGGAGAAAGAGAGGGCUUUAGAAAAAGAAAGAGAAGCUGCUCUGGAACUUAAAAAACAGGAGCAAGAAAGACUUGAGAAGGAAAAAGCUUUGGAAGAAGAACGCCUGCAGAAAGAACAAGCUCUUGAGCAUGAGAGAGAGGCAGAGAGGAAAAAAGAAGAGGAGCAAAAGCAAGCAUUGGAAAAACAGAAAGAGGAGCAGGAGAGAGCUUUAAAAGAGGAGAAAAGGGAAAAACUUUUGAAGCAAAAAAGUGUGGAAGAGGAAAAAGGAAAGGCAUUGAAACAUGAAAAAGAGGAGGAAAAAGAAAGCCAUCUUCAUCCACGGAAGUGUGGCCGUGAUAGUGGUGAGUUUUCCCAUCCAGUGGUCCAUCCUGGUUCUCCCAAGAGUUCACCUAAGAAGUCAGAUGAGAGUGAGCCUGGAGAAAAUCCAAGCAUCAGCAAAGAUGUUCAGUCAUCAGAGCCUGUCCCACAACAGUCACCCACACUUGCAACACCACUGUCCCAUCAAUCUUCCUCCAAGAAGUCUCGUUUCCUUAGAGAUGCUCCUGUGAUGGCUCCUCUCCCGUCUUCUGUGGGUUCUGUGCUAAAGAGACCUCGCACUUUUUCAGACAGCCCGCAGCCACGUGCCCCCUCAAUUCCAACAGAUUCUAAAUCUAAAGAACCAGUGCAAGAAGAUGCUGCUCAGGCACCUCAAACAUCAGUCUUGACUUCAGGACCCCAUGACCUUGAAAGAAAGACUCCUGAGGUGGCUGUCAAACAAAGUGUACCACAAGAAAAUAUUCAGACGUCAGAGGACAGCGAAGCAAGCAAAGACACUAAACAUAAAACGCUCACAGGAGUUGAGGAUGUGAAGAAAUCUUCAACGCCAGAAGAAGAGAAGAAAAGAGGACGGGCAAGGGAAAAGAAGGUGGAGAAAAAAGAAAGAAAGUCAUCAUCCUCCAGUAAUACCUCCUCAUCUGACUCGGAUUCUGGAUCCUCAUCCUCACGCUCCUCCAGUUCUUCGUCAUCAUCAUCAUCAUCAUCUUCAUCAGAGGAGGAAAAAAGCUGUUCCGCAUCAGGUGGUAGGAGGUCUGAAGAGGUCAAAAGGGAUUCUUCAUCUCAGCCCACAGAAAAAGUUUGUCAAACUGUGGCUGAAAACCCUCCUGCACCUCAGCGCAAAAAACGAGUCUUUACAGAGAAAGAGGAGAAAGAUGUGAACAACGAAGUCAUCCAAAACAAGAAACCUUGUCUUGACCUACAGGAUGGAAAGGAGACAAAGGAGGAUAUUGAGGAAGAUGCUGACACUAACAAAGACACUACCAGAAGUGAGGUGAAGGAGGCUGUCAUGUCAGAGCCUGAGAAGGUUUCAGAAAGUGGCGAGGAGAGCACCAUGGCAAAGACCUUCUCAGCCAGAAGGAUUUCCAUUAGCAGCAGCAAAGCGUCUCCUGGGGUGGGGAGUUCAGAGGGGGAAGCAGAGACCGCAAGCAGUGCUGGUGCUGGCAGGAAGAGGAGAUGGGGCUCCAGUACAGCUGUCACUGCCAAGAAACCCUCCAUCAGCAUCACCACAGACUCUUUGAAGUCUUUAAUACCAGACAUCAAGCCUAGCGUGGGCCAGGAGGCAGUUUUAGACCUGCAUCCAGAGGAGAUGCAUCUUUCUGGGGAAGAGGAAGGUGGAGAAAGAAGUGACCACGACCUGAAAAUCAGGCGAACUGUAACACAGAUUGUACCCUCAGAAACUCAAGAAAAUGGACAGAAAGAAUCCAAAAGAAGUGAUCAUGAGGAUGAGGAAGAAACAACUGAAGAGCGAGACCGAAUUAGCCCGGAGGAAAAAACUGAAGGCUCACUUCAGGUUUCCAUGGAGACAGAGCCAUCUUCCCCUGGGCGAGAUGUUGAUAUGAAGACAGUCUCUCCCAGUGACACUCGUAUUCGCCGUUCCAUUAGCCAGCAGAAGUCAGGUGUGAGCAUCACAAUUGAUGAUCCUGUCCGCACAGCCAAACAGCCCUCUCCUCCUCGUGGCAAGCUGUCUAAUAUCGUCCAUGUCUGCAACCUGGUGAGGCCAUUCACCCUGGGUCAGUUAAAGGAGCUGUUGAACCGCACAGGAACUGUAGUGGAGGAAAGUUUCUGGAUUGACAAGAUUAAAUCUCACUGUUAUGUCACAUACUCUAGUGCAGAAGAGGCUAUGGCCACGCGUACAGCACUGCAUGGUGUAAAAUGGCCCCAGAGUAACCCUAAAUUCCUCAGUGUUGACUUCUGUACGCAAGAUGAGUUGGACUUCCACAGGGGUUUGGGUCCAGCAGGAGAAAAGCCACCAGAGGAUGCCCGUGGGGCUGCAGCUGCUGGGCCUGGCCGUCCUAUGCCAGUGCCGCUCCUGCCAGAGCGUGACCAGUGGGCAGAACGUGAACGGGAAAUGGAAAGGCGAGAGAGAGCACGUGCAGAAAGAGAGUGGGACAGAGAUAAGGUCAGAGACUUCAGCAAACCUGGAGAGGACCGGGAACCUGGAGCCAGAAGAUCACGCUCACGAGAUCGUGAAAGGCGGCGUAAAGAAAGGGGGAAGAGCAAAGAGAGGAAAGCUGAUAAAAAGGAAAAAGGGCCCGAGGAGCCACCUGCUAAACUUCUGGAUGACCUCUUCCGUAAAACCAAAGCUGCUCCGUGUAUAUACUGGCUCCCCCUCACUGAGGAGCAGGCAGCACAGAGGGCAGCGGCUCGUGCAGAGCGCAUGAGAGAACGAGAGAAGAGGAUAAAGGAGAUGGAAGAGGAGGAGGGUAAGAAACGUGAGGAGGAACGGCGGGAGAGGAUGAAACCCAGCGGAACUGCUGGAGGAGAAGGUGAGAGGGGCCGAGACAGAGAACGAGAGCGAGACAGGGGUCGAGAAAGAGAGCGCGAGGGGGACAAGCGGAAAGAGGGAUACCGUAGGCCUGGGGUAAACAGUGCGAGCGGCAGCAGAAGGUCACGGAGCCGCAGUGACCCUCCACCCAGAGAUCGACGGCGCUAAAGGACGUCUGGAACUGUCCAGUUUGUAUCCCCUUUUCUUGUAUGUGCUGUAACAGCUCUAUGCCUACCCUCCUGAGGACCAACUCAGACUUCAUACAAACACACAUGUGCGUGCACACACUCUGCGUAAAGACACACAGGUGCACACACACACUCACUCUCAAUGGGACCACGGUGGUGCUGUGUCUCCAUGUAGACUUGUCUCGUUGUUUCUUGACUUGGCUUUAAGACUUCUGGUAUUCAUUUCCCCUUCUCAGUGUUAAUGAGCGUCCAGUAUAAGUGGCUCGGAUUGCAAGAUUACAUCCAGGUUUGGCAACAUCCUCUUUCUCCUCUUGUGUCACGUCGACACUCAUCUGAAGGAGCGAAGCUACCUUUGGGAUGCUCUGAAAGUCCUGAUUUCUACUUUGUUUUCCUCUUCUGUUUCCCUCACAUUCCUUGUAUCUCUUUUCGUUUUGUUCCUUGUCGUCUGCCUUUCAUCACCCCUUAGCGGUUACCAGGUUGCCAUGGAGAAUGGGAUGCAUAUUUAACCUUUUCACAUUUGGUUUUAAAUUUUUUAUUGUUUUAGCCUAAAAGCUGACAUUUUGUUUUCUUUUUAAAUUUGUUUACUCCUGUAAGUGCUGAAUGUAAAAAUAAUAAAAAGGUUACAUCUAAGAACUGAAAACAGUU